AUGCUCUUUAUGUGCGCGGGUGAGGCGGCGGGUCUUUCUUUCCGGCGGUUGGAGCGGAGCGAGCGUGUGUGUGGCGACAGAGCGCGGACCCGGCCUCUCCUCCUUUUACUCUCCAGCGGCUCCGAGAUGCGUUACGUCGCAGCUUACCUCCUCGCUGUGUUGGGCGGCAAUGAAGCCCCAGCUUCAAAGGACAUUAAGAAGAUUCUUGACAGUGUUGGGAUUGAAGCUGAUGAUGAGCGACUGAAUAAGGUGAUCAGUGAGCUGAAAGGCAAGAAUGUGGGCGAUGUCAUUGCUGCUGGUAAUGCCAAGCUUGCAAGUGUCCCGUCUGGAGGUGCGGUUGCUGUCAGUGCUGCAGGUGCUGCUGCCCCGGCUGCGGGUGCUGCUGCUGCUGCAACGGAAGACAAGAAAGAGGAAAAGAAGGACGAGUCUGAAGAAUCAGAUGAUGACAUGGGCUUUGGUCUCUUUGAUUAAAUAGAAAACUAUCUGAAAAUAAACUGUUUUAAUGAACGAU